UUCGGGAGCCUUUGGCGCGAGCGCCAUGGCCGAGAGCGGCGCUCGGGGCCGGGACGCUAUGAGUGAGUCUGGAAGUUUGGCAGCAUCACGUUCUAGACGUGAGAGGAAGAAUAGAAGAGGCCAGCAAGAAGCACUUGAACGUCUGAAAAAAGCCAAAGCUGGGGAAAAAUUAAAAUAUGAGGUUGAGGAGUUCACGGGUGUUUAUGAUGAAAUAGAUGAGGAUGAAUACUCCAAGAUGGUCAGAGACCGUCAGGAUGAUGACUGGAUUGUUGAUGAUGAUGGGAUGGGUUAUGUAGAAGAUGGAAGGGAAAUCUUUGAUGAAGAUCUGGAUGAUGAUGCUCUUUGUCCCAAUAAGAAAGGAAAAGGUGGCAAAACAUCUGCAAUUGAUAAAAAGAACGUGAAAAAAUCUGUGGUGUCAAAGCCAAACACAAUUAAGUCUAUGUUUAUGGCUAGUGCUGGGAAGAAAAACACAGAUAAAACUGUGGACUUGUCCAAGGAUGAUUUACUUGGGGAUAUUCUUCAAGAUAUUAGUGCUGAAACAGUUCAGCUAAGUCCACCACCAAUUAUAGUGCUGAAAAGGAAAAGAUCUGCUGGAGCACCACUCAAUCCUUUCUCUGUGCAGUCCCAAACUUCUAAGGUAAUCACCCCUGUAUCAAAGAAAUCUCCUGCUAAUGUCAGAAAGGAAACUCUUCCUCCAGCUUCAUUUCAUCCUAAACAUCCCAAUUAUACAGCAAAAUCUGUCAGAGUCUCUGAAAAUGAGGACACCAAGCAUGUGCAAAAACCUACAGAAAAUGAGGGAAUAGUGAAGGCAUUAGGAGAGAAAGCUACUAAAGUUCUACCUGCAGCACUUCCAGAUGACGAUCAGGGAAUGAUGCAUUUUGAUGAGGAGGACUUUGAUGAACCUAUGGAAGCAGAGCAUGUGGAAACUAUACCUGAGACAGCUGAAAGCUUGCAAAGAAACAAUGACAUUGAGAAGAAAGAGACAGAGCAGCUGGAAUCAGAGAAGAAGGAGACAUCUGUCUUAAGUUGUUCUCUCCCAGGUCUCUCGUGUUGGGACCAAAUUGAUGAGGAUGAAGUUGAUCUAUUAGCAGCAGAAGUUCAGCUGGACCCCAAUCUCCUUCCACUUGUGAAUGGGGAAAGUGGUGAUCAAGUCUUAAGAUUUUAUUGGCUGGAUGCUUAUGAAGAUCAGUUCAGUCAGCCAGGUGUGGUAUUUUUGUUUGGCAAAGUUUGGAUUGAAUCUGCAACCACCUAUGUCAGCUGUUGUGUGACAGUGAAAAAUAUUGAGAGAACUGUUUAUCUGCUGCCACGUGAAACAGAAAUUGACCUGUCUACUGGUAAAGAGACGGAGACUCCAGUGACUAUAAUGAGUGUUUUCAAGGAAUUUAAUGACAGCAUUUCACCAAAGUACAAGAUCAUGAAGUUCAAAUCCAAGAAAGUGGAAAAAUACUAUGCCUUUGAGAUUCCGGAUGUACCAGCAAAAUCUGAAUACCUAGAAGUUAAAUAUUCAGCUGAAUGCCCUCGGCUUCCCCAAGAUCUGAAGGGACAAACAUUCUCUCAUGUUUUUGGAACCAACACCUCUAGUCUGGAACUUCUCUUGAUGAAUCAGAAGAUCAAAGGACCUUGCUGGCUGGAAAUAAAAAAUCCACAGCCUUCAAAUCAGCCAGUUAGCUGGUGUAAAGUGGAGGCUGUGGCCAUGAAGCCUGCCUUGGUGAAUGUGGUUAAAGAUCUUUGUCCUCCUCCUCCUCUGGUGGUCAUGUCCUUCAGCAUGAAGACCAUUCAGAACCCAAAGACUCACCAGAAUGAGGUCGUGGCACUUGCAGCUCUGGUUCAUCAGAAAUUUCCUUUGGAUAAGGCUCCACCUCAGCCUCCUUUUCAAACACACUUCUGUGCUGUUUCCAAACCAAGUGAUUGCAUUUUUCCUUAUGACUUCAAAGAAGCCAUUAAAAAGAAGAAUGCUAAAAUAGAAAUUGCUGCAACAGAGAGAACACUGCUGGGAUUUUUCCUUGCGAAGAUUCACAAAAUUGACCCAGAUGUUGUUGUGGGUCAUAAUAUUUAUGGAUUUGAUCUGGAAGUGCUGCUUCAAAGAAUUAAUUUGUGCAAAGUCCCUCACUGGUCCAAAAUAGGUCGACUGAGGAGGUCUAACAUGCCAAAGCUUGGGGGCCGAGGAGGGUUUGCUGAAAGGAAUGCUGCCUGUGGUCGAAUGAUCUGUGAUGUAGAAAUUUCUGCUAAAGAACUGAUUCGUUGCAAAAGUUACCAUUUGUCUGAACUGGUCCAUCAGAUUUUGAAAACAGAGAAGGUAACAAUUCUUCCAGAGGAAAUUCGGAAUAUGUACAGUGAUUCUCCUCGCCUGCUGUUCAUGCUGGAAAACACCUGGACAGAUGCCAAGUUCAUUCUCCAGAUCAUGUGUGAGCUGAAUGUUCUGCCACUGGCUCUUCAGAUAACAAACAUCUCUGGCAAUGUCAUGUCGAGGACAAUGAUGGGAGGACGAUCUGAACGUAACGAGUUCCUGCUGCUUCAUGCCUUUCAUGAGAAGGAUUACAUAGUGCCAGACAAACAAGUUUUCAAAAAGCCUCCACAGAAGCUGGUGGAUGAAGAUGAAGAUUUUGAAGAUCAGAAUAAAUCAAAGAUAGGGAAAAAGAAAGCAGCAUAUGCAGGGGGCUUAGUCUUGGAUCCCAAAGUCGGUUUUUAUGACAAGUUUAUUUUGCUUCUCGACUUCAACAGCUUGUACCCAUCGAUUAUUCAGGAGUUCAACAUCUGCUUUACCACAGUGCAGCGACUGUCAUCAGAAGCACAGAAAAGGGCAGAGGUCGAAGAAGAGGAAGAAAUUCCAGAGCUGCCAGACCCAUCUCUGGAAAUGGGAAUUUUGCCUAAAGAAAUCAGGAAACUGGUGGAGAGAAGACGCCAAGUUAAGCAGUUAAUGAAACAGCCAGAUUUAAAUCCUGACCUCUAUUUACAGUAUGAUAUCAGACAGAAAGCCUUGAAACUCACUGCUAACAGCAUGUAUGGCUGCCUGGGAUUUUCCUACAGCAGAUUCUAUGCCAAGCCUUUGGCUGCUUUGGUGACACAUAAAGGGAGAGAGAUUUUGAUGCAUACCAAGGAGAUGGUGCAGAAGAUGAACCUUGAAGUGAUUUACGGAGACACAGAUUCCAUUAUGAUAAACACUAAUAGCACCAAUUUGGAUGAGGUCUUCAAGCUGGGAAAUAAGAUCAAAAGUGAAGUGAACAAGCUGUACAAAUUGUUGGAAAUUGAUAUUGAUGGAAUUUUUAAGUCCUUACUAUUGUUAAAGAAGAAGAAAUACGCUGCUCUGACUGUGGAACCAACAGGAGAUGGGAAAUAUGUAACUAAACAAGAACUAAAAGGGCUGGAUAUCGUCCGGAGAGACUGGUGUGAUCUUGCUAAAGAGACUGGAAACUAUGUAAUUGGUCAGAUUCUUUCUGAUCAGCCUCGAGACAUAAUUGUGGAAAAUAUUCAAAGGCGACUUGUAGAAAUUGGAGAAAAUGUGGUCAGUGGUCAGAUCCCAGCAAAUCAGUUUGAAAUAAACAAGGCAUUGACAAAAGAUCCCCAGGAUUAUCCUGACAAAAAAACCUUGCCACAUGUGCAUGUUGCCAUGUGGAUAAACUCUCAUGGAGGCCGAAAGGUGAAGGCAGGAGACACAGUGUCAUAUAUCAUUUGUCAGGAUGGAUCAGAUCUCAGUGCCAGCCAGCGAGCAUAUGCUCCAGAACAGUUAAAAAAGCAAGAAAAUCUUAAAAUUGAUACUCAGUACUACCUGUCACAGCAAAUACAUCCAGUAGUUGCUAGAAUAUGUGAGCCCAUAGAGGGAAUUGAUUCUGUUCUUAUUGCAACAUGGUUAGGACUGGAUCCCUCCCAAUUCAGAGUCCAUCACCAUUACCAUAAAGAUGAGAAUGAUGCCUUGGUUGGUGGCCCAGCUCAGCUCACUGAUGAGGAGAAAUAUAGGGAUUGUGAAAGAUUCAAGUUUUGCUGCCUCAAAUGUGGAACAGAAAAUAUUUAUGACAAUGUCUUUGAUGGUUCGGGGCGAUUUAUUGAACCCAGCUUGCAAAGGUGCAGCAAGACAGACUGUGAAGAGCCUCCUUUCAGCUAUGUGGUUCAAAUGGACAACAAGUUACUCUUGGAUAUUAGACGCUACCUUAGAAAGUACUACAGUGGUUGGUUAAUAUGUGAGGAGCCAACUUGCCAGAAUCGAACCCGUCGGCUUCCGCUGAGUUUCUCCCGGACUGGCCCCGUGUGCCAGGCCUGCAGGAAGGCUGUUCUGAGACCAGAGUAUUCUGAUAAGGCCCUGUACACUCAGCUCUGCUUCUACCGAUACAUUUUUGAUGUGGACUAUGCAAUGGAUAAAGUGGUUACUGAGGAAGAAAAAGGUACGUUUAAAACUUUUAAUUAAUUAGUUAUGGUUUAGAAGCAAUUUGCAUGCUAGACACUAGACCUACUGUACUCUUCAAAUCUGAACUAUGAGGCUGUAAUCUAAAACAGAAAAUAGAAGAAAGUAUGGAUUUAAGAAUUCCCUGUAGACGGGAAUGUGCUCAGUCAGAGUUCACCACUUUAAGAAUAUUUUAUAUGUCCCCUUUCUUCUUUUGAAGUGACUUUGUUUUGGAAAAUGUGCUUUUCUUGCAUUUUACACCCUUAAAGAAAUCUCUUUGCUUGAAGGCCAUGUUAACUUCAGUAAGUAGAUAAUUAAAAUACGUAUAUAAUUAAAACUUACAUUCAGCUGUUAGUAUUGAAGAGACACUUUAUCAGGGAGAAAAAUAAGGGCACAAGAAAAGCAGUAAUGCUAAUUGUCUACAAACCUCUCUUAAAUAAAAUACAGAUUAACCUGAUCUUAGGAAGAUUUUUUUCUUUUCUCCCAAUUACCAUACAUUCCUGAACUAAAACUUUUCUAAGCUGUAACGGAUCAAUGGGUUUUGUGCAGCUAGAUGAUUUUCAAGCUUACCAAAGAAUAUUUCUAAGAGUGGGCUAAUGCUUGGAAUUCUGAAAAAAGACAUGUUUGGGUCCCACCACUGAAAUGUGUUGUCCACAGAGAGCACUUGGCUGUGUCCUCUGUGGAUCUGGAGACGCCUAUGAGGAAAAGGUGUUGCUUUUGGUACUGUCUGUGUUCUGAUGGCUGCUCUGCUGUCAAAAUUAUCCCCACCCCUGCCCUGCAUCUGCAAUUAAGUUACUCGGUGGUGAUAAGAGAUUAAAUACAACUCAGUCUUUCUAAAUGUUAUUUUGAUAAGCUAUGUAUGGAAAUGAAAAUAGUGUAACCUUUUACCUAAAAACUGCUCGAACAAGCAAACAGGCUGCUUUUGGCCUGUUGUACUUCCAUUACUUCUUGCAGAGGUUCUCGUUUCCUCUCCUAGUCACUCUAAGUCAGUGAACUCAGCUCUGAUGCUUGCAUUUCACAGUGGCUUUGUACAUCCAAAGAAGUCACAGUGUGCAGUCAUGUUAGUCUAAUAAAUCUCCUGGAGGUGCACUGAAGGAAUAUUGUGGAGUGGAUGCUACUGGUGGCUGAAACCAAUCUGUGUGUAGAUCUCUCACUUAGCAUAAGGGCAUAAGAGUAGAAAACACUUAAUGGGUGAUCACAUCCAAUCCCCUGCUGCAGUAUUGCACUGCAUUUUUCAGGACUCCAAGUUUCUGGAACUUCAUUUGGCAACCUAUGUGGUUUGGCAACCAGGUGGUUCUCCUGCUGCUGAUCCAAAAUGUGUUUCAGCCUAUCGAUCUGUGAUGACUAAAAAUUCACUAUAAUUUUCAUGUUCUAACUUGUUUGUGGCUAUUUUAUGGCUAUUCACUAAAUGUGUAUUUGUUUUACUUCCCUGAUGUUCUCUGCUGUGCUUUUGGAAACAGUGAUGACAUCUCUGUUUUGUAGCUAAGGCAAAGAUACUUCUAGCUUUCUUUAAGAAGAAUUGGUCUCUGCUGUAUGAUUCUUCCUCUUAGGACCUUUGUGUGCAAUCUUUCCUAGCUUGAAUUAAUCUUUGGAGUAUGAAAAACUAGAAAUGAUGUGGUAUUUUAGAUAAUAUCUCUCCAGUGUCUUUACACGGGGUCUGUGUAUUUACUGUAAUUAGAUCUUCUGGUGCUUUCUUGAGCCACCUACAUCUUGUUCAUAGCUGUUCAUAUCAUUAACUUGUAGUGAAGUAAUGAUAGAAGUCCUGAGGCUUGAGAGGGUUUCUUUUCCUCUUGUCAUUUCAGAAUCAUGGGUUUAUUAAUAUCUCAGGUUCAUGCCAUUUGUUUCACUUAAUUUUCCUGGUUUCAUUAAUUUUUGACUGCUUAAUCUCAUUUGUAAUAGUAGACUUCAAGGUUAAUAAAUUCUCUCUGAAAAAUA